AUGGACGGCGUGGAGUGGGGGGAGGGGGAGGAGGAGCUGGCGCACUACUUGCGCGAGGAGCACCCGCGCGUCUCGGCUCUCCCCGUGAGCAUCCGCUACCGGACGUUUGCGCCGCCAGCGCAGGAUACGCGCGUUCGCGCCGGACGAUCUGUCCACGACUUUUACCUGUACCGCCGCCGCCGCCUCGACUCGGCCAUCGAAGCAGAGCUGACUGCCUGCGGCCUCUCGGUCGUGCAGCCUCUGCAGUGCGUGCUGACCGACUCCUUUGCGAUUGCGCAGCGGCAGCAGGCGACGUAUCAAUGGCUCGCGCAGCGUCAUACUGCUGAUGAAAUUCUCCAUCGCUUUGCCGUGGACAGGAAGCUGAACGCGGUGCCGUGCCUAGCCGCCGUGAACCGCUCGCUGAGUGUUCUCGGUCGUGAAGGUGGGGCAGAUGCCGUGCUUGACGUUCUGGAAGAUGUGCUGUUGGAUACCGCUAUCAUUCCCCUCAGCACCCUGCUCGGUGCCAUCAAGGCGCUGCCGAGUCACCCUGUUCGAGCAGCCCGCGUCGCACUCACCUUCAGGGGCUCGCUUGGGUCACAGACGGUGCCCCCGAGCGUGUGGGGUAACCUCGGGGCCGCCCUCGCACAGGCGUCACUGCAGAUGCCGAUGCCGCUAGAGGAUCACUUCGUGGAGCUGUUUGAGCGCGUCCUCGCCAUGGUUAGCGCGUCGACAGGUCGGUUGAGUGAAUCGCUCGUGGUGGCAUUUGGCCGGUGCUUGCUCGCCAGUAGCAAGCCGUGCUCCGCAGCAAUGCACCUGGUCCGCGAGGAGCUGCUCAGCGGCCGCAGUCGAGAUGGUUUUACUGGUGCCCCGUUGCACCUUGGCGCCUUUCUGAGCGAUCUCCUCGUGGCGCUGUGCUGCGAAGAUGAGAAACUAGGGACACCCCGACACUCUAGCGCGGACACGGAUACCUUGACCUUCGCGUGUGAUGUCAUCAAGUACGCGUUCGCCGUGCGUGUGCAGUUGUUGCCGAGAGUCUUCGACAAAGUGCUCGCCUUGUGUGAGCGGCGCAAGGAGUACUAUCGCAUGUGCAUUUUGUUUGUGUCUAUGUGCGUCUUGUCGACUCCGUCGCUGGUGUCCUUGCUGCGAGUGGUGGAGGUGGUGACGCAGAUUCCCGAUCUGCGCACACCACUGCAGAGUCUUUUGCCGGUCAGCUGCACCGGCUUCUUCCUGUGGUGCCUGCAGCGGUACCCUGGACUGUAUCAGUCACCGGUGGACUCCCAGAGUCAGCAGAAGGCCACACGACGGGCUUGUGCGCUGCUCGGCUGUCUCGCCGUGGAGGAAAGCAAUGCAGAGAAGCUCCCUGCUUUGCUGAAGGUCCUUACGCACAAUAAGGGAGUGGACCCUAUCAUGGCCGCUAGUGCGGUGUCGGCGGCUGUGCGUCGGUUUCGUGAGCUGCGCUGUCCCGCUGGCAAGGCUGUUUUUGCUGCCCUCCAGGACCAGCACGAGGCGGUCCUGGCGGCUGUGUUGGAGAUGCAUUCGAGACCGACCCGCCCGGCGGCGUCUGCGCCCGCAGCUACCGUCACCGUUGAGCUCCGUCGACUCUUGCCCUCCGAGUCGGUGUACUGCACAGUGCUGAGCGCCGUUGCUCUGGCCGCGCUGGCGAGUCGCCCGGCCGCGGAGCAGGCGUUUGUGCGCAUGAUGGAGUCGUAUCAGCGCAAGUGCGGCGCCGUUGCGCUCAUCCCGUUCGAGUGUGUCUGUGCAUCAUUUGGGGUGCCGGAUGGCGCGGUCAGGAUGCUGCGCACGUGGCACCGCGAGUACACCUGGCUGGCAGUCUUACCUCUUGGACUUUCCCUGCAGCUCGAUGGCGUGACUGCCUGCGAGGUGUGCUGCGCCGCCUUCACUGCUACUCAGCAGGUGCACAAAAAGGUCAUUUUCAUCUGUGGCAGCGAGGCCGAGGCGGUAGCGGCGAAGGAAACGAACGUAGAGCCGCUGAUUGUGAUGGAGGCGCUGGUGAGGCGCUUGUUGGGCCAGUGA